UGUGAUCGCUGAUGGACCGGGGAAAACGAUUCAAGGCUGGGACGGGCCCGCACAGCGAUGCGCUUCGAUGAUUGGAGAUUGGGAGUUUGACAAGCUUGUUAAUUCCGCCCAUCAACACGACACGCCUCCUCUCUGUCACACCGAGCAUGACUGAAAACUACAAAUGGGGAUGCAGGAGAAAAAAGAGUUUGAAAAGUUGUGCAGAUGAUCUGCUUCUCAUCUCAAACGAACAGAAAACAAACGGGGACUAAUCAUUUAUGACAUAAAUGGCGGAGGAACUGUUAGUGGAAAACGAUGGAAAGCAUCUUACAAAGUCUUUGCUGGCGGUGGCUUUUCUGGCCUCGUUCGGCAGCUCCAUGCUCUAUGGAUACAAUUUGGCAGUCGUCAACUCUCCUGCACAGUUUAUCAAAGACUUCUACAAUGAGUCGCUGAUAGAAGAAUUCGACUGGACUCUGGAUGAAGAGGUUGUCACCGUCUUGUACUCCCUCACCGUGUCAAUCUUUGCUAUUGGUGGGAUGGCGGGGUCCCUGCUGGUGGGCAAACUUGUUACCAAAUAUGGAAGGAAAGGGACGCUGGUGAGAGCCACUGUGCUGGUGUUUAUAGGAGGAGGUCUUAUGGGCUUCAGCAGAAUGUGCAGGGCGCCCGCGAUGGUCAUUAUUGGCCGCUUCAUCACAGGAAUACACUCAGGUAUCUCUCUCAGUGUGGUGCCGAUGUACCUCGGUGAGAUCGCCCCCAAGAACCUGCGAGGCUUCCUGGGCCUCAUUCCUAGCAUUCACAUUUGUCUUGGAGUCUUUAUUGCACAAGUCCUGGGACUCCAUGAACUGCUUGGAAAGGAAGAACACUGGCCUGUGCUCUUGUCCCUGGUGGUUUAUCCUGCCAUUAUCCAGCUGAUACUGUUGCCAUGGUUUCCAGAGAGUCCGCGGUACCUGUUGAUAGAGAAGGGAAAUAUUCACGCCACCAUCGCAGCCCUGAAGCAGUACCGUUGUAAAGAAAACAUCCAGGCAGAGGUUGAAGAGAUGCAGGAGGAACAGCGGUCUCUGUCCUCUGUUGAUACCAUCUCUGUUCGUGGCCUGCUCAUGGACCGCUGUGUUCGCUGGCAGGUCAUCACCAUUGUGGUGGUCAACAUCGGCAUGCAGCUGUCUGGCAUUGAUGCAAUCUGGUUCUACACAAAUGAGAUAUUUAAGAACGCAGGAAUCCCAGAACCUCUUAUUCAAUACACAACUGUGGGAACUGGUGCCAUCGAGGUCAUCGCUGGGAUGCUGGGGUGUUUUACUAUCGAGCGUCUGGGCAGAAGACCUCUGAUGAUUGGCGGCUUCCUCUUUAUGGGUCUCUGUUGUGUUGGGAUCACCGUGUCUGUCCUCCUCCAGCCACAUCUGCCCUUCAUGAGCUACCUCAGUGUAGGCUGCGUUGUUGGGAUUAUUGCUGGCUUCUGCAUAGGUCCAGCUGGUGUGCCUUUCCUGUUAACUGCAGAGCUGUUUAAGCAGUCUCAUCGACCAGCUGCCUACACUGUAGCCGGUUGCCUCAACUGGUUGUCCAAUUUUACCAUCGGCUUCGUCUUUCCCUUCCUAGAGAUAGCGACAGGUCCUUACUGUUACCUGAUCUUCUGCUCGAUCUGCUUGGGAGUGGCCCUUUACGUCAUCUUCAUUAUUCCUGAGACCAAAAACAAAACCUUCAUGGAGAUCAGCCAGAUGUUCGCUGCCAGGAACAACAUCCUCAUAGAAGAGCUGACUUCCAAUGGCCAUCUCAAACUGUCUGUGAUGAAUGGCUAUGGCACCGUUGGCCACAGUGAACCAUAAGGAGUAAGGAUGUGGACCUGCACCUUGUUGGUUUGAAAAGACUGAAGGAACCGUAGCAGAGAUAAAAGGUGGAACUUCUGUGGCCACGAGGAGAUCUGCUGUGAAAACCACAAAGACCAACACAUUCAUCAUCAUUUUUUUCAACAGUUAAUCCCUAGUCCGAGUGUAGCUCCUGUAAGUUAUGUGAGACUGAAGUCAUGCGUUUCAAAUCAACCAUGAGUGACAUUUUAAUCCGUUUCUCUGCAUCUUAACGCAUUUUUAUGGGAGCUGAGUUGGUUUCUCACAGUUUAAUCUCCGCAUUAGCUUCACUCUCUUUGAACACAUCCCAUGGUCACUUUAUUGUUCAUAUUCAGCGCUGAAUGCUGUCCCUUUGUUGCUCAAUAGAGAGUGAACAUGUUUAUUUAAUGACACAGCAAAAACACGUCUGAGGCAGUGUUUGCAUGAGUAAACCGAAAGAAGGUUUGAAAGUCAUUCCUCUUAUAUUUCUUAUGUUUAAUGUAUGUUUACAGUGUUCAGCUCAAGGUGAAUGGCUUGACCAAGAACUUGAGCUUGUUGACUGCAUCUUUCUUUUCAUCUUUCGUUUAGUUUUGUGUCUCUUUGCGUAAGAGAGUUGGAUUUUGUGGCUACUGUAGUAGUCAUUUAAUACAUCUUGUCAAAAUACAUGCACAUGGAACAAAAGUUUGUUAAAGGGUUAUAAUUUAUCAGUUGCCUCAAAGUAGCUGUAUGAGUUUGUUUUGUUUGUUUGUUUUACAAGACCCUUUUUGUAUAAUGUAUGUUUGAAAAAUGUGCCUUUUUCUUCUUUGUUAUUCUGCUGUAUUGAGUUGUAAGCUACUUUUCUGACUAUACUUUGUAAAACCAUACAAAAAAUAAGAACAAAAUUCAUAUACUGUAAGCCAAGUUAUUCUACCAUCCAAUAUGGUGCAGCUCUUUUGUGCUACCACAAUUGUUCAUUUUCUUUAGGGGCCAAUGUUUACUUCACAUUCAUUUAGCUGCGAUGAUGCCAAUAACAAGAAGUUGCCUCUAUACAGAAAAUUACAAUAAAGAGGAAAAUCAUUAUGUGGCAUUACUGCCUCUCGCCAAAGACAACCAUAAACAUAACAAAAUAACUCUUGCAAUUACAGCACAAACACACAUACAUCAGUAAACAAAUACCCAAAUAAAGCAAAUGUUAUUUAAGCAUAAUUGUAGAACAAGGUUUUUAUUCCAAAGGGCCAGAUUUUAACUAAAACUGUAGACUGAAAGGCACUAAUAAGGAACCAUUUAUUGCAUAAUGAGUUUAUAUGUUGUAACUAAUGGUUACUAAAUGCUUCACAAGUGAGGUUCAAAGUUCAUUAUUGACCUUGGAGACCAUAUU